ACCUAAAAACAUUAAAUAUUAUCCUAAUCUAAAACCCUAACCCCCAAAUUUCAAGUCACAAAUGGACUGAGAUCACCUUAAACAAUUUCCACAAGAAUGCAAGGGGAAAACCACCCGGACCCUCAGGAUAGUGUCUCUGCCGCUAAGCCUCAGCACCUCAAUUUCAUUAACAUCACUGACGAUAGCGAGAACAAGGGUACAAUCAAGAGGCAUAAAGAUAUCGAAUUAAGUGUUCCAAUUGUUUAUGGAACGAUGGCAUUUUAUCUUGGUCGAAAAGCCAGUGAGUCUCAGUCUCAUAAGUGGACUGUUUACGUACGUGGGGCAACAAAUGAGGAUCUUGGAGUUGUGAUUAAUCGAGUAGUUUUCCAGUUGCAUCCAAGUUUCAAUAACCCUACAAGAGUGGUUGAAUCACCUCCAUUUGAAUUAACAGAAUGUGGUUGGGGUGAAUUUGAAAUUGGCAUCACCCUUUUCUUCCACAGUGAUGUUUGUGAUAAGCAGCUGGAUCUGUUUCACCAUCUGAAGUUGUAUCCUGAAUCUGAAUCCGGUCCCCAGACAACCAAAAAACCUGUUGUUGUGGAAACUUAUAAUGAGAUUGUUUUCCCUGAACCUUCUGAGGGUUUCUUUGCUCGUGUGUUUGAUCAUCCUGCCGUAAUCGUGCCUCGACUGCCAGCUGGUUUUCGCAUGCCUACUAUCACACCACUUUAUAUUAUGAAUGAGCAGGGGAAAGGUGAAACCAAGAAUCAUCCUCUUAGCCAGUGGUACCUGAAUUUCUCCGAGGCAGAUGAGCUUUUGAAACUUGCCGCAGCUCGUCAGCAGGUGCAAGCUCAUAUUGUUAAGCUGAGAAGACAAUUGAGUUUGAUGAGUGGGCUGCCCGAAUCAUCAAACCCGUCAUCUGGAUAUGAAUGUAUAUAAUAAUGUUAGAAUACACUCGACUUAUCUAAUCAAGUGCAAGUCUUGGAUGACAGGUUAUAAGAUGUAAACAAGUAGAUUAGUUCAGUUCUAAGAACCUUUUUAGUGUCAUCUUGUUGUAUUAUAAAUGUGUUUUUCUGUAAGAUCUAAGUUAUCGAAGUUCAGCGAUGUGAUUAUAAUUGAUGUUUAUGGAGUAUUUUGGUUAGAAAAA